AGUUCGUUGGAUAGAGAACAUUGGGAGGAUGCUCCUAUCCUCCACUCGGCGCGGGCCGCUGUCGUCUUUGCUCCUGCUUUCUCCGCUAUUGCUUCUCCCUGCCUAUGUCUACCAGCACCAAUACGCGCUCCCGGAACCGGUGAUACAACCGUUUUCUGAAGAUGGCACCCCGCAGAUAUCAGAGGCCAUUAUCCUGGAGCACGCCCGCUACCUUAGUGAAGAUAUUGGCUACCGGACGGUCGGAACGAAGGAACACAUGCUCGCGGACCGGUGGAUGGUCGAGAAGGUGGAGGAAGUCAAGCAUCUGUGCGAGGAGGCCGUGAAGCACGCGAGAAUUGAUGGAGAGUCGUUGGAAUGUGAAGUUUGGCGACAGGAAGGGAGUGGUUCCCACCGGUUUGACAUGAUGUCGCGCCGCUUGUAUAAAACCUACGUCGGUCUAUCGAACGUCAUUCUGCGCAUCUCUGCUGGCACCCCUCAAUCUAAGGAACACGCUGUGCUCGUAAACGCGCAUCUCGAUUCGACUCUGCCGAGUCCUGGUGCGGCGGAUGACGCGUUGUCGGUGGGCGUCAUGCUUGAGUGCGCACGCGUUCUGGUGGAGAGAUGGAGACGAGGCGAAUGGGAGGUGAAACAUUCUGUCGUCUUCCUGUUCAACCAUGCGGAGGAAUCCCUUCAGGACGGAUCUCAGCUUUACUCUACGCAACAUCCGACAGCAUCUACCGUUCGUGCUGUAAUUAACCUGGAAGCUGCCGGUACUACUGGGCGGCCACUGCUCUUCCAAGCUACGUCCUCGGACAUGAUCGCCGCGUACUCGAAAGUCCCGAGGCCUUUCGGCACAAUUCUGGCCAACGAGAUCUUCAGCUCCGGUGUUCUACUAUCCGAUACAGAUUUCCGCCAAUUCGAAGAAUAUAUCGGUGUUCCUGGUCUUGACAUAGCAGUUGUUGGCAAUAGUUACCUCUACCAUAUGCGCAAGGAUUUGGUCGAAAAUAUUCAGCCAGGAGUUGCUCAGGAUAUGGCCGAGAACACACUUGCGCUGCUCACGCACCUCUCUGGCCCUGAUUCGCCUUUACCCUCCAUUCAACGCUACGCGCCGACGAAGAAGGAUACGGUUUUCUACUCUUAUCUUGGCCACUUUUUCCUAUACACGUUCUCAACGGCCCGUAUCCUACAUGGGGCGCUUUUCGCUGCGAGCGCGCUCUUGGUUUACCGAACGUCGGCGUCGUUCAACCUUUGGAAGGAACAAGCUCGUGGAAUCCUGGCUAGCUCGUCUGCAUUUGUAGGCGCUCUCGUCGGGGCUAACGUCGUAGCUUUCGUGAUGAGUUUCGUGCUCGGACAUGGAAUGAGUUGGUUUUCCAGGGAAUUCUCCUGUUUGGUGCUCUACGGACCAGCCGCCAUUACUGGUGCGCUCGUAUCGCAACUUUUCGUUCGACCAUCCUCGGAGAGAACCAUCUGGACCUCCACGCUCCUCUUCAACGCGUGCGGGGCCCUUGCCCUCCAGCUCGUAGGAAUCGGCUCUGCGGCCAUGUUAUUCCUCAAUGCGCUCCCCAUCUUCUUGGCACUCCUUCUGGAGUCGGUGACGAGCCAGACCUCGGGGGCGCGCAUACCACUCUGGGUGUACGGAGUUGCGCAAUCGGUGCCGCUGGUCACUGGCGCACAGAUUAUCACCACGACGCUCGACGUCUUCGUUCCGCUCACUGGGAGAACUGGGCGCGAUGCGCCGGCAGAUCACGUCGUGGCAUCCAUCGUGGCCGUGGUCGGGUCUUACACGUUUCCCCUCUUCCCGGCCUUUGUGCAAAGAUUUGCGACCGUGCAACACGAGCGGAUUGGUGCUCGCGCGAGCUCUCUGAAGAACGCUCUGAUCGUUACGCUCUCCUUGACGGUGGUCGCGAUGGCGCUGUUUGUGACACGUCAACCAUUCGAUGAGAUGCACCAGAAGAGAUUAUUCGUGAUUCAUAUGCAGAACACCACUACGCUCGAGGAACAUCUUCACAUCGCAGCAGCCGACCCUGCCCCAGGACUGGAAACUCUCGUCGCUGAUAUCGGAGCACAAUGGGGACCACCUGGUGCCCCCGCUCCCCACAGCAUCGUGAUGCACGAUUGGAACGCCGACUGGGACGUCCUCUAUCCCUUCUCCGCGUUCUUGUCCCCGUUCAAGAUAGCCGUCCCAACGCAGGCACCUGGGUCGAAACAUACUUCUCCCUACGACAUUCGAAUUCGGGUCGAGAAUGAAAUAGUGGACGAGACCGCAGGGACGAGAAGCCUCACUCUGGUCGUGGACCAUCCCGGCAUCAUAUGGACCGCCAUCGCCUUCGACGCCCACGUCCUGAAAUGGUCUCUGGAUGACAACCCUCCGCAGGAGUACACCCGGCAUCACAUCAAAGAGGCCUCGUUCUACGGCGUCGACUCCUGGAGUGUUGAUCUUGUCAUCAAGAACGACUCGCCAAAUUCCUCGGGCCAGAUACCUCCAUUGACGGUAGAUCAUGUCGGUAUCCUCGAGAGCGGGAUGUGGCCAGCAAAGAAGGAAGUCCUUGCAACAGAAGGAAGCGCCAUAUUGUCGUUCUUCAAGAACUUCGACGCUUGGCUGGAAGAGCACAGUGGAGGCACUGUCGACGUGUUACUGUUGGCUUGCGUCGGAGGCGUGUCCAGGGUGUAGUGGCCUGAAGUGCGGCUUGCCAUCAAGGUGUCUCCGGUUCGCAGUG